AUGUUGAUGAAGGAGUACCGCAUCUGCAUGCCUCUCACAGUGGAGGAGGUAGGUGAAGUUUCCUUGGUUUUCGUGAUGUUUUGCAUCCUGCUCUGUCUGCUGAUGGUCUACUCUUCCAUCACAAAUCCGUGGCUAGCAGCCACAGAGAUGCAGUACCGGAUUGGCCAGCUGUAUAUGAUCAGUAAACACAGUCAUGAACAGAGUGAACGUGGGGAGGGGGUGGAGGUGGUCCAGAAUGAGCCGUAUGAAGACCCCGAGCAUGGAUCAGGCCAAUUCACCGAGAAACGAAUCUACCUCAACAACAAGCUGCCCAGUUGGGCCAGAGCAGUGGUCCCUAAAAUUUUCUAUGUCACAGAGAAGGCUUGGAACUAUUACCCAUACACUAUCACAGAGUACACGUGCUCCUUCCUGCCCAAGUUUUCCAUCCACAUAGAGACCAAAUACGAGGACAACAAAGGCAGCAAUGAUAAUAUCUUUGGCAGUGAGCCCAGAGAAGAGGAAACAGAGGUGUGGUACGUGGACAUUGCCUAUGAUGAGAUUCCCGAGCGCCAUUACAAGGACUCAGAGGACCUGCGGUAUUUUAAGUCGAAGAAGACUAACCGAGGCCUCCUGCAGGAAGGAUGGAUCAACAACCAAGACCCCAUCAUGUGCUCCUACAAACUGGUCACAGUCAAGUUUGAAGUCUGGGGCCUGCAGACGCGUGUGGAGCAGUUUGUACACAAGGUAAUUCGAGAUGUCCUGCUUUUAGGACACAGGCAGGCCUUUGCCUGGGUGGAUGAGUGGAUUGACAUGACCAUGGAGGAAGUCAGGGAGUACGAGCGUGCCACACAAGAAGCCACCAACCUGAAGAUUGGCACCUUCCCCCCUGCCAUCUCCAUCUCAGAGACCCCUCUGCUGUCCAGCACCCGCAGCGGCCCUAACAGCGCCCCAUCCACUCCCCUCUCCACAGAAGCCCCCGAGUUCCUGUCUGUGCCAAAGGAGCGUCCCAGGAAGAAGUCAGCUCCGGAAACCUUGACCCUGCCGGAUCCGGGCCGCAGGGAUUCAAUCUUCAAACUGCCCAGCUUUUUCUCUUGGAACUCCAGUCCGCAGCCAGAAUGAGAGCGGGGCUGUGCCACUGGUGAACGCCCUCGACCUGUGGAUCAGCGCAGGAUGCCUGCCCAGCACAUCCCACAAUGCCCCCUCAGCCAGCUGAAGUGAAGGAGACUUUUCACUGUCCUGGUGAUCCCAGCCCCCUCAGCAGACUCGUCAGUGUUACAGCAAAGCCAACAGCUCUCAGACUGCCUUUACAGGUACUGACAGGCAGCCUGAUCUCCACAGCAAAAAGUCCUGCGAGGUGUAAAGGUAAAGUGCGUCCCCUUGAGAGUCUAACAAAAGCAGCUGAAGGCUCCUCAUUCUUCUCUCCUCCUCAGAAACAGACAGCCAGCACCAUGCAUCAGACAGUAUGGAGUCCAAUUAGUCAGAUUGAGUGUAGCGUACAUUCCUGAAAAUGUUUUAUCCCACAGAGCAUCACUUGAUUUUCAUCCAAGCUCAGGGUGUGUUGACAAGAUAUGUUGAGAUUCAAUCACUGCACAUAAACUUUACAUGUACAGAAUUAGUUUUUAUUUCUGCUUUACCUUUUAAGCAUCGGGGUCUCUGGCUUUGUUAACCGGGUGCUUGUGGUUUGACGUAUGUAUUUAUGUGGUUGGGACUUUUUGACGGAUUCUUGUUGGCCACUGUAUCAGUUGAGUAUUAUGGUUUUCACAGUCAGGUGUAAAGUGAUUGUGUAUUCUUGAAUAUACUGUUUGAACAUUAUUUAUCCGGUAAAAUGUCAGUACUUCAAAAAGAAUAUCAUAUCCAGUCAUGAUGCUGCUAUGAAAUUGCUCUUGUGUAUUUUAAAGGACAAGACUCUCUGUCUCCUUCAAGUGUUUGUUUAUUAUAGUGAGUUCUGUUGGCCACAAUGUCUGUAAAUGACUUCUGUAAUUGCAUGUUUUCGACUCCAGAGGCUGCUUUUAAUUAAUAAUUGUGAAUUAAAUGUUCUCCAUGUUUUCUUUGUUAUCUCAGCCUCGUACUUGAUGUUGUGUUGUAACUGAGUUCUUACAGACUGGCCAUGUGGUUUGCAUGUUGUUUUGCUGCUUCGUUCAUUUCAACUGUAGUCUUUUUUUUUUUUUGUCAUACUGUUGAUGGGUUUUGUAUUCAGUAAAUUAAAUGAAAUCCUGUUGUA